UAUAGCAGUACAUGUAUGCCCAAAACAUACUCAUGUCUUCCCCUCUUUAAAGUCACCAACAGAACUCCCCCCAAAAUCCAAUUACCCUUAAAACCCUAGAAUGCCAUGUGAAUUCGGUCUCACAAGACCUUCAAUGCGCGCCCUCUUUAUCUCUCUGUUUGCCUGAUUUGAAUACAAGGAUCCGAAUACACUAACUAUGGGUCGACCCGAGCCCUGCGUCUUGUUCUCCCAGACCUUCGUUCAUCCCCAACUAGAUGAAUACGUUGAUGAGGUAUUGUUUGCUGAGCCAAUUGUAAUUACUGCUUGUGAGUUCCUCGAACAGAACGCUUCAUCGAGCUCCCAAGUGGUGCCGCUUGUUGGGGCCACCUCACCUCCUUCAUUUGCUCUGGAGGUAUUUGUUCAGUGUGAGGGAGAGACAAGAUUUAGGCGUCUGUGCCAGCCAUUCCUCUAUUCUCAUUCUUCAUCAAAUGUUCUAGAAGUUGAGGCUGUUGUAACAAAUCAUCUGGUUGUAAGGGGUAGCUACCGCAGUCUAAGUUUGGUCAUAUAUGGAAACACAGCAGAGGAUUUAGGGCAGUUCAAUAUUGAAUUUGAUGAUAAUUCUUUAACUAAUCUUGUUAGUUCUUCCGAGGGAAAGCUUGAGGAUCUUCCUCUGGCAUUACGUUCAGCUAAUAGGGCAGUUGAGGAAUCCCUAACCUCUUUGAAGGUAUUAUCAUUACCAGUUGCUGCUUCAGAUAUAUCUUUCGAGGUUAAACAGUUUUUGCAGCUAAUUUUGAAGAUGUUGGGGUUGUCAAAUCUCAAGGAUUCUUUACAUAAAGUUGUUGGUGCUCUAGUGACAGCAGUUUGUUCUCAUGUUACUCAUGAUAUAUCUAGCGAAGGAAUCAAACAGAGAUGUUUUGAAAUGGGUGGAUCCAAAGAAGGUGAUCAGUUGCACCACAUUAUUAAUGAGUCUAGAAAGCAGCUUCUUGAAGUGCUUCAACAAGGUUCAGAAGAUGAGUCAGCUGAGUUGUUAGCAGAGUGCACUUCUUUUGAAUCUGAUGCUGAUUUGGCUACUUCAAAGCAGUUGGUGGACAUAUUAACCCAGUACUGGUGUUUUAACAAGAACUCCAUAAACUUCGGACAUCACCAGCUUUCACAGAACAAGAAUAUUAUUCUGGGGCUGAGUAUGGCUCUUUUAUUGUGCUCUGAUAGAGAAAGCUGCUUUCACUUCGUCAAUGGUGGGGGAAUGGGGCAGCUUGCAGAUGCUUUCUCUCAUGGCAUGCAGAAUUCUUCUGCCACUUUGUUACUGUUACUUGGAGUUAUUGAGAAGGCUACACGUUAUCCAAUUGGUUGUGAAGGAAUUCUAGGUUGGUGGCCUCGUGAAGAUGAAAACAUCCCAUCUGGUAUUAGCAAAGGCUAUAGUCAAUUGUUGAGGUUGUUCUUGCAAAAGCCACGACAUGAUGUUGCUUCUUUGGUAACCUAUGUUCUUCAUCGGUUACGAUUUUAUGAAGUUGCUGCAAGAUACGAGUGUGCUGUCCUGUCUGUAUUGGGGGGCCUUUCUGCUGUUGGACGAGUUACAAGUGUUACUUCAGACAUGCUUAACAAUGCUAAAUCUCAACUAAAGAGGCUUUUGAAAUUGAUAAGUUCCCGUGGUCCAGUUGAAGAUCCUUCUCUAGUGGCUUGUGCAAGCAGGUCAUUGAUCCUUGGUCAAACAGAAGGACUAUUGUCAUAUAAAGCAACCAGUAACUUGAUUUGUUCAUCAAACUGCUGCUUUUCUAACUGGGAUAUGGACUUGCAAUUGCUUGCACUCCUGAAGGAAAGGGGCUUUCUUCCUUUGUCAGCUGCGCUGUUUUCAUCACCCGUAUUGCGUUCAGAAGUUGGAGAUACUAUGGACACAUUUAUUGAUAUUGCUUCAACUAUUGGGGCCAUACUUCUUUCACUGCUAAUGUCGCGUUCAGGUUUAAUUUUCCUUUCGCAACACCCUGAACUCUCCACUACAUUAAUUGAUGCUCUAAGGGGUUCAGGGAACAUAAGUAAGGAAGAAUGUGUUCCUCUUCGAUAUGCAUCUAUUUUAUUGUCAAAGGGUUUUGUUUGCAGUCCACGUGAAGUUGGGAUUAUUGUUGAGAUGCAUUUGAGGGUGGUUAAUGCAAUUGAUCGUUUGGUUGCAUCGACUCCACACUCUGAAGAAUUUUUAUGGGUGUUGUGGGAGCUGUGUGGUCUCUCUAGGUCUGAUUGUGGACGCCAGGCUUUGUUGGUUCUUGGAUACUUCCCAGAGGCUGUAUCAAUCUUGAUUGAAGCUUUACAUUUUGUUAAGGAAUCAGAACCAGUUUCCAAGAAUAGUGGAGCCUCUCCAAUAAAUCUUGCAAUUUUUCAUUCUGCUGCUGAGAUUUUUGAAAUCAUUGUUAAUGAUUCAACUGCAUCGUCCCUUGGUUCUUGGAUUGGACAUGCUGUGGAACUUCACAAGGCAUUACAUUCUUCUUCCCCUGGGUCGAAUAGGAAAGAUGCUCCAACCAGGCUGUUAGAGUGGAUAGAUGCUGGUGCAGUUUAUCAUAAAAAUGGUGCUAUUGGUCUUCUACGGUAUUCUGCUGUGUUAGCUUCUGGGGGAGAUGCUCAUUUGACCUCUACCAGUAUUCUAGUGUCAGAUUUGGCAGAUGUGGAGAAUGUCAUUGGAGAUGCUUCUGGUAAUUCUGAUAUAAAUGUUAUGGACAAUAUAGGAAAACUUGUCUCAGAGAAGACAUUUGAUGGUGUUACACUUCGUGAUUCAUCUAUAGCACAGUUGACAACAGCUAUUCGAAUAUUGGCCUUUAUUUCAGAAAACUCAACUGUUGCUGCUGCUUUAUAUGAUGAAGGUGCUAUAACAGUAAUCUAUGCAAUUCUGGUCGACUGCAGCUUCAUGCUUGAGAGAUCCUCGAAUAAUUAUGAUUACCUUGUUGAUGAGGGUACAGAAUGCAAUUCUACUUCUGAUUUACUACUGGAACGUAAUCGUGAGCAGAGCUUGGUUGACCUUUUGGUGCCUUCUCUGGUUUUGCUGAUCACCCUUUUGCAGAAAUUGCUGGAAGCUAAAGAGCAGCACAGAAAUACAAAACUAAUGAAUGCCCUUUUGCGACUGCAUCGAGAAGUAAGCCCAAAGCUUGCUGCGUGUGCAGCAGACUUGUCUUCAUCGUAUCCUGAUUCUGCACUUGGUUUUGGAGCUGUCUGCCACCUUGUUGUGUCAGCACUUACUUGUUGGCCUGUAUAUGGCUGGACUCCUGGUCUUUUCCAUUCCCUUCUUUCCAAUGUGCAAGUUACUUCAAUGCUAGCCUUGGGUCCAAAGGAAACCUGCAGUUUGCUGUGUCUUCUGAAUGAUUUAUUCCCUGAAGAAGGUAUCUGGCUUUGGAAGAAUGGAAUGCCUUUGCUGAGUGCACUGAGAACAUUGGCUGUUGGUACAUUAUUGGGGCCACAGAAGGAAAGGCAGGUCAACUGGUAUUUGGAGCCUUUUCACCUUGAGAAACUUCUUAGCCAAUUGACACCACAUCUUGAUAAAAUUGCGCAUAUUAUUCAGCAUUAUGCUAUAUCGGCAUUGGUAGUCAUCCAAGACAUGCUUCGACUUUUUGUAAUCCGCAUUGCUAGCCAAAAAGUUGAAAAUGCUUCCAUACUUCUGCGGCCCAUAUUAUCCUCCAUCCAUAAUCAUGUUUCUGACUCAUCUUUUCCAUCAGACGUAGAUGCUUAUAAGGUUUACAGAUAUCUAGACUUCAUUGCUAGUAUAUUGGAACAUCCUAGUGCCAAGGUGCUAUUAUUGGAGGAGGGCUUUCCUCAGGUUCUAAUAAAAGUGCUGGAGAAGUGUUUUGAUGCUAUUGAUUAUGAUGAGAAACAGAUCCCGGACAGUAAAAGUUCAGCUAAACAUGGGUUUACUUUGAUUAGUUGGUGUCUUCCUGUAUUCAAGUGUUUACCACUUCUUUUGGGUCAAACAUCUUUACUAUACUCUGGGAGAUGUGAUUCGCUCAGUUCUGCAAAUUUGAGCAACACAGAUUUUUUGUUGAUUGUGCCAUAUAUGUUUAAGUUCUGCCAGGUCCUACCAGUUGGAAAAGAAUUACUGUCUUGUCUUACCUGUUUUAAAGAACUAGGUUCUUGCAAUGAAGGUCGAAGUGCUUUGCUGACUUCAUUUCGUGAUGUCAAGACCAGCAGUGAGGAACUUAGAUCAGAAAGUGUGCAUGAAAGGAAUGGGAACUAUAAUCUUGAUGAUUUUGAAAGGAAAAAGUAUCCUCCUUUGCUUUAUUGCUGGAAAAAAUUGAUGAAAUCAAUUGAUUCAAAGGAUGCUCUGUCAGCUUGUGCAAUUGAGGCUGUUAAUGAAUUAUUUAUAGGUUCAUUGUGCUUUUGCAUGGAUGGUAAAAGUCUGAAUUCAAAUGCUGUGGAUGCAAUAAAACGUCUAUUUGGGCUUCAAGAUGAUAUGGAUGGGACAGAUGGUUCUUUAGAAAAUAUGACUUUAAUACGGGAGAUGACUACACUGUUGAGUUCAAAGACAUCAGAUGAUGACUGUUUAGCUACCUUGGAGAUGGGUGCCACUUUGCGUCAGGCUUCAGAGUCUGCCAAGUCAUUGAUGUUAUUUUUGGAAAAGCCUACUGGUUCAAUUGCACUGGAUCAUCUCAUGUGUAGUAAAGUUGUUUCGUUGUCACAAAAUGAUGUCAUGGUUUCUCCAAAAAUAAAUCAGAUAUCAGAUACCAAUGCUGGAAAGUUUGAUGAUUUUCUUUACCUUGGGGACCUUGGGGAGAAGUUUCUGUGGGAAUGUCCAGAAAUGUUACCUGAUAGAUUGUCACAGUCUAUUCCUAGCAAAAGGAAAUUGUCAUCCCUAGAUAGUGCUGGUAAGCGUGUUAAAGGAGAAAAUUCAGUGGCGGAGGUCACAGGUCAAAAUGCAUUUUCACGGGGGUUGGGUCCAUCUACUGCUUCUUCCGCCCCAACUCGCAGGGACACUUUUAGGCAACGAAAGCCAAAUACUAGCAGGCCACCAUCAAUGCAUGUGGAUGACUAUGUUGCAAGGGAAAGAAAUGUUGAUGCUGGUACCAAUUCUAAUGUCAUAGCAGUCCAGCGAGUAGGAUCUACUGGUGGAAGACCUCCCUCAAUUCAUGUGGAUGAAUUUAUGGCCAGACAAAGGGAACGCCAGAACCCUAUGGCAGCCGUAGUUGGGGAGCCUUCAGAACAAUUGAAGAAUGCAGCUCCGCAUAUUGAUACAGAGAGAGAAAAAGUAAACAAGCCUAAGCAGUUGAAAACAGAUCUCGAUGAUGAUCUUCAGGGAAUAGAUAUAGUUUUUGAUGGUGAGGAGUCUGAAUCUGAUGAUAAAUUGCCUUUUCCUCAACCUGACGAUAAUUUACAGCAGCCUGCCCCUGUUAUAGUUGAGCAGAGUUCACCCCAUUCAAUUGUUGAAGAGACGGAGAGUGAUGCUAAUGAAAGUGGUCAAUUUCCUAGUUUGGGUACACCAUUAGCUUCUAACAUUGAUGAAAACACCCAAAGUGAGUUCUCUUCGAGAAUGUCUGUUUCACGGCCUGAAAUGCCAUUGAACCGACAGCCCAGUGUUUCUUCAGAUAAGAAGUUUUUUGAGCAUCCUGAUGACAUGAAGAAUGUUGUUCCAGUUAAGACCUCUUCUGGGUUUGAUUCUGUUGCAGCUCCUAGUACUUCAGGUUUUCCUGCUUCUGUUUAUAAUAAGGUACCAACAGAUUCUAGGAUUACUUCACAAAAUUUCUAUAUGAACAAUAGUCCACAGAAUGCUUCAGGAUCUCGGGGACUUUAUGAGCAGAAAGUUCCUCUGAAUCAACCACCUUUGCCUCCAAUGCCACCUCCAUCAACGAUCUCACCUUUUAUAUCUCAGAACCCUGAUCCAGUCCCCAGUCAGUCAUCCCCCUUUGUCAACUCUUUGACAGAAGGUCAGCAACCCCUUGCCACGGCAUUCCAAGUUCAGUCAGAUUAUCUGUCUGCAUUUGGUAACAGCGCUGCAUCAUUAGCAUCCUCCCUUCCCGUGUCAGAUUCCAAGUAUUUACGGGCUUCUAUCUCUUCUCCCAGUGGUUCUGCUGGGCCUCAUCCACCACUUCCUCCCACACCACCACCUUUCUCAUCUAGCCCAUAUAAUUUACCAUCUUUAAAGGCUUCUACUUCCCAAUCUUCAGUAUACCCUGUUGGAACUACUGAACUUCCACAGACCUCUAUUUCACCUAUAAUUGAUGCUCGAUUCGGAAAUAUUUCUGUAACAGGUGGUGGACUAACCUCUUAUGUGCCUCCCCCUCUAAUGCCACCUUUAGUUUUCAGUAGGCCAGGUACAAUUCCUGCUACUCCUUAUGGAAGCACCCCAAUUCAGCAGCAAGGCGAGAACCCAACUAUCAUGCAAAAUAUACCAAUUCCUCAAUCUUCCAUUCAAUCAAUUCAUCAGUUACAGCCUCUCCAGCCUCCACUUCAACGUCCUCCACAGCCACCUCAGCAUCUCUGGCCACCUGUACAAUCUUCUCAGCAGCUUGAGCAAGGGGUUUCUUUGCAAAACUCUGUUCAAAUGCAUCAAUUACAAAUACUGCAGCAGCCACAGAUUUCUCCUAUGCAUACCCAUUAUCAAUCUCAGCAGCAGCAGCAAGUUGAACAUGGUCAACCACAAGUUCCACAUCAGCAAGGAGAUGCUGCAAAUAGGCAUCAACAAGAGUUAGGAAUGUCAUUACAAGAGUAUUUCCAGGAUCCUAAAGCUAUUACGUCUUUAUUGAGCAACAAGGAAGAACUCUGUAGGCUUUUGGAGCAGAAUCCAAAAUUGAUGCAGAUGCUUCAGGAAAGAUUGGGCCAACAAUAGCAAUAUCUGCGGUAUUCAAUUUUGAUCUCUUACCCCCUUCAGGAUACAGUCCGAGCCAAAUGCAAGAUCACCCCAUUGAGCUACCCUCAAAAAUCUUGUAUUCAUGUUGUACUAUAUAAUGUAUAUGUUCUUGUUUGCUAAAAAAACUCCAUUGAAUUGCCUUUUAUAUGAUAUCUGAUUUAUCAUCUCUAGAUGUCUCUUUUGAUGAGUUGAUGUUUUGACUUGUAGACUGCAAGUAUUUGUGGGUUUCUUCAUCCGUAGUUAAAACACUGUUGUGCUCUAAGUUUCAUUCAAUUUGUAGAGAGUUAAUCUGUACUGUUAGUUCUAACUGUAACUCAUAACAAAAAUGCGAUAAGUUAAUUGUUCUCA